AUGUCUUCGGCCUCUCCUCCCAAGGAACCAGAUGUGGAACCAGAAACUCAGUCAGGCGAUGACCCCGAGCAGAUGGACCGUGACAACCAGGACCCGAGCGGACAAGGGCAAGACUUUGAGGUGAAGGAGCAGGACCGAUGGCUGCCAAUUGCAAAUGUCGCCCGUAUCAUGAAAACUGCGCUUCCAGAGAACGCUAAGAUUGCAAAAGAAGCGAAGGAAUGCAUGCAAGAGUGUGUGAGUGAGUUCAUCUCUUUCAUCACCAGUGAAGCGUCCGAGAAAUGCCAACAAGAGAAGCGCAAGACGGUCAAUGGUGAGGAUAUCUUAUUUGCCAUGACGUCUUUGGGAUUUGAGAAUUAUGCAGAAGCCUUGAAGAUUUAUCUAUCCAAAUAUCGUGAAACGCAGUCCGCUCGUGGUGAGAAUCAAAAUCGACCUACAAGCAGUGGAUAUAAUGCUGGCGGGCCUGUCGGUGGUUCAGCCAGCGGGGCCUCAGUGUCUCGUAGCGCCGCGACAGCUGCACCAGCUGGAUUCAGUGGUGCUUCGGAGAAUUCAAACAACAUACUCGGCUCGAAUCUGGACCCUUCAGAGCAAGAUAACGCUAGCUAUGGCUAUGGAACCAUGGUCGGUCAAGGCCACAAUGGCGCUGGAGCCGAAUUCCAUUAA